GCUUACACCAGACAAAGUCCGCAAAGAGGAUGCAUCAGGGGUUCCUCUUACUCCAUUCUCUUGAUUAUAUUUCACUCUGGUAGGCCUAUUCCUUCUCCGACGUCAAGUCCGUCGACAUUCUUGGGAUCCUUUUUUCCGCCUCUCCUCUUCUAUCAUUCUCACUCUCACUCGCCUCUACUCUCAUCCAUCCACUCACUCGUUCUAUCUCACUUGUACAUAUAUCAUGGACUCACUCGGGUCGCUGGCUGCGCGCAAGAUGGACCGUUCAGCUGCUUCGAGACAGAAGAGCUGCAACGCCUGCGUGAGAGGGAAGCGCAAGUGCGACAAGAAGACUCCCCGCUGUACUCGCUGUGCGGCAAAGGGCCUCGACUGUGUAUAUCAGAGAUUGCCGCCAGGGGCCAACUUUCACGACGACGAUCUGUGUGCCGGUCUUGGCGCUACUGAUAAUCUGAACGAAGUCCCUGAUUUUGAUAUGGGCUUUGAUAUCAACAACUUGGGAGCAGACUCGAGUGCCAGCACCAGCAACACCACGCCCGAUAGCCUCGACAGAGUCACCACAUCGUCGAUAGAGCUCGAUUCUCCCCUUGACUUCUCCAUCAUCGACCAUCUCAUGGCCAACGAUACAUCUCUCGGUUCCGAGCUAUGGAACAUGGGAGACUAUGGCAACAACAAGCUCAGUAUACCACCCGUGCCAGCAGGGCCUGUCGUCAUCCGCGAUGUGGCUGUUCUAGAUAGAGCAGAUGCCUGCCUGGCCGACUUCAACCCGCUGGACGUGUACGACCCUCGUACCCGCGUGGGAUACACUGUAGAGAUCAUCACCAACCUCUACCGUGACUUCGCUCGGACUCGCCGGCUGCCCUUCAUCCACCCCCGUCUCUACGGCUCCAACCUCCCAAAGACCAUGCUAGCAGCCUUCUCAGCGGCGUCAGCCUAUUCAGCGCGAACUCCCGAGAACAAAGGUUGGGUGUACAAGCUCAUCACUGACAUGGCCAAGGAGAUCCAUCGCGAGGGUGAGCGGGCCUCGACGCCGGCGGAGAAGCUGGCGCGGGUGCAAGCGCUGGUUGUUCUGGACUCUAUCCGUAUGUUUGAUGGUGACGUUACUCUGAGGGCAACGAGCGAGCGCGAGCUGUCGCAGUUUAUGGCGUGGAUGUUUGCUCUCAAGGAGGUGGAAGAGGAGUUGUCAGUGGGGGAUGAACCUGGUGCUACAACGAUGAAAGGUCCACCUCCACCGAGCUGGGAGAGUUGGCUGCUCGCCGAGAGUAUACGCCGAACUACCGUCAUGUCAUUUGCUUUUGUGUGCAUGACAAGCAUACUCAAGUCCCUUGAGCCACCCUGCGGUAUCAUGGAGAGUCCAACCUUUCAGUUCACUGCAUCAAGAUACCUCUGGGAAGCCGAUUCAUCAAUGGCCUUCUACCGUGCGUGGCAGACCAAACCACAAUACCCGGUGCGGAACCUCGACUUCAAGGGUGUCUGGUUGCAUGCUCAGCCUGAGGAUGUUGAUGAGUUUACGAAGCUAAUGCUUACUGCACAAAUGGGCCCAGAAGCUAUCGAUCAGUUCAUGAUGGGUGCUGCGUGUUGAUUCUGCGCAAGUAACGGAUGUCUCAUUUGUUUUGUAAUGGUAGUUAGGCGUCAGGGUGCUGGUAUUCACCAAGUUGUCCACGAUAUCAUGGAUCAGGUUGAUUUACAAACAAAUUGUUGAGCUGGUAACUAUUCAGAAACACACAAGUGACAACCAAAUGCUACUGCAAUAAUGCUAUAUCGACAGGUGUUUGACGCUUAUUCAGACCUCAUCUUCAGUGAUCCUCCAGACCAGCCUCUCGCCACUGACUUCCUUAUUUCUCAGAAUAUCCAAUGCCUUUUGGGCCCUCUCAACAGCCGAUGAACCUUCCACAACACGAUACUUAUUGGGGGUAAUGACGCCGUCUCUGAGUAGCUUUGGUACCAUCUCUGGUUGGGCCUUUUCUUUGAGAAACUUAUU